UCAAAAUUACCAUAAAAUCAUAUUUGCUUUACCCUAUUAUAUGAUGUUCUUUGACCAUGUUUUAUUGUGUUGUUUUCAAUCGGGUACUAAGGAGGGAAAAAAAUAAAUCACCAAAAGAUAAGAGAUUUGAGAAGAAGAAGAAAAAAAAAAUGAUUCGUUUGGCAAUCUUAGUUGUUUUGUUUCUUGUUUGUUUUACAUCAUCCUAUGCAUCCAAUGAAGUGGAUGUAGAAGCUAUUUGCAAGAAAUCAAAAAAUCCUUCUUUUUGCGACACUCUUCUCAAAUCAAAACCCGGUGGUGUAGGUGGAGACCUUGGUAGUCUAGCAGAAUACACCAUUGAUGUAAUUCGUACCGAUGUGUCCAAUACACUCAAUAUAAUCACAAAAUUAAUCGAAAAAAGCGAUAGCGAUCCCAUGAAACAAAAACAAUACAAGAAUUGUUUGUCUCUCUUUGGAAUGGAGGAGGGAGCUCUUGGUGAAGUUGAGGAGGCUCUACAAAUGUUGAAGAAGUCUGAUUACAAUGGUAUGAAUAUGCAUAUGACUGUUGUCAUGACCAAUGUUAAUGAAUGUCUAGGAGAUUCAGAAGAUUCGUCGACUCAAAUUUCUCCAGAGUUAUCAAAAAAUGUCGGAAUUGUUGAUCAAGUUGCUCAGAUUAUUCUUAUUAUCUCAAAUAUGUUUAAAAAUUAGUAAAUUAAUUAAUAGUUUUUGUUCUUUUUUAUUUUUUUAUUUUCUUAAUAUUGUUAUAAUAUAUUAGUUAAUAUUAAUAUUGUUCACA